ACCCAAACACACUCAUUGAUCCAUGCUCGAACCUGACCGAUACCAUAAGUAUAUAUGAACACAUUGUUACCGCAUGUAUUUAGAUAAUAGUUGUAUAUAUACGCCAGACGAACUUCGGAUUAACUCCAAGUUUCGAAUGGUUUUACCUGCUCAUUUCUAAAUUGAUUUGAGUCCUAUCACGUACGCCAUCAUUUUCCCCGCCCCCGUUGUCCCUUCUUCAUGGACUCAGACAACGAACGGGAUAUACUGCACUAAUCUGCCACUGAGACUAUAUUUGGUGGCAAUUUGCUUCAUGAUAGGCAGGACAGAAACUGUUUCAGAAAGCAGAGAGAAGGGAAGGAGCUCUCUCUGCUCUUUUUAAAGUGUAUAAUUUUGAUGACCUAUUGAAACUCACUGACGAUGACUAUAUGGGUAAGUUUCGUGUAGCACGAUUCAUCCAAACGAUCAAAUUUCCAUGUUAUAGGUGAUGCAUUUCGACCGUACUAUUCAGUUGAAGCUACUGAGAUAUUGCUGCCAUUGUAAUAGGGUCGUCUCAACCUGACUGGAAGACACUAGCCUAGAUAUGAAUCUCUCAUGGCGAGAUAAAAUCCCUUUCUGCAAAGUGUGAUUCGGGUUCGUGAACAUCCUACGGUCGGAGAGGACGUAUCAAAAGAGUUCCGGAUGACAUGGCUGACGGACCGUAGGUCCUUCACGAUAGACGGAAUGUUCAAAGGCACAGACAAGUCCGAUUCAUAUAUUUAUUCGUCGUUAGUUUUGAACUACAAACUUUCGCGGACACGUUGUUUGAUGUAUUAGCAUCGCAUCCGACCCCGUUUUUCAGAUACUCUUAUUUCCAGGAUUUGCCUCCGAAGUCAGCUCAUCGUAUCAUGGAGCUCGCGGAUGAGAAAUCUACUCCCAAUCUCGCGUUCACUUGUCGAUUUUCAGAGAGAAUUUCACUACCGUACGUUUAUCAAGUUCGUCAUUUUUUCAUGUUUCCUAGUACACCAGCUACUGCAAUCAAGACUUGCUCAUUGAUUUUAGAUUGCAACUUAUACCUUGAAAAUCCCAUUGCCUGCAGAAAUCGCAUGGCUACUGCAAUUACCCAUGCUCGGAUAAGAUUCCUUGACCAAGCAAAUUAUCUUUGCAACUGCCCAGGCAUCCUUAGGCAUUUGCAGAAACUUCGUAUCUGCGGACCCUGGCAUAUGGACCGACUGAACGUCGACAUUCUGCAGGACGGAACCAGUUGUUACCGUCAUUUCGAGCCUCUUCUGGAGAGCAUAGAACCCGGGAAGUUUAUUCACUUACUGUGACCAAUUUUCAACGUUUCACUCGAGGUUAUGGAAACG